UCUUCCCUGGUCUGUCAUCCACACCGCUGUUGUUGCAGCCAUUUUACCGUGGAGCGUCGGCACAGCGGCGACCGGAGGAUGCCGAAACAGCGCCGUUAAAAGGACUAGUAACAUGGCUGACGCGGCUCGAGGUCCCGUGGUUGGCCGGCCAUUGGCAUUUGCCAAUGAAGAGCAGAGGGCGGUCCACUCCUGGUCCAGGAUCUCGUCAGCAGGGCACACUGUCCUCCUGGAUGCUCUAAAGAUCCUCAGUCCGAUGUCCCGUGACCUCUCGAGCAGCGAGGAGCUGGUAACCUUCCUGCAGGAGCUGGGUGAGGAGGGCCACAAGCCCACCGUGCUGCGCAGCAAGGACGUGUAUGGCUACCGCUCCUGCACAAACCAACCCUUGACUCAAGAUAUGCUGAAGCCACCCAACAGAAACGUCAGACCGACCGCCAAGAGGAGGGGGAGGAAGCCCCCGGCCAAGAAGAGAGAAGUGCACCCAUCCUGGAACACCUCCAAGAACCCCAAGAUUCAAGGGGUCCGCCCUCCAGAGCUGCUGGUGGACCAUCGUGCCAUCAUCUGCAACAGGACACCCAUUCGGACUGUAGAGAUGUCGCAGGUGCGGCCGUGCCUCAGACUGACCAACAUUGCGGGCCUGUCCGGCUUCCAUACGGCCAGACUCCAGAUCCACACUUCCUGGGACCCGUCAUCAGAGGCACCCUCUGUUGCCUUUUCACAGCAACAGCACCCUCCAACGCUUUCAGGAAUACCUUUGCAGCCUUCUCAGAACGGUGGUGGGGCGUCCACCAAAGCUGUGGCCUUGUUCAGCCAGAAGAGCCUGUCCUGCCCUAUUCGACUGGACGGCGCCCUCAUCGGAGAUUCUGCACCGGUCUUCUACGCAAAUGGACGGGCGUUCCCAGAGACUCAUACAGAGCUGACCAGUAAUGGCUGGAGGGGCAACGGCCUCCACCGGGAGGGUCGGGGCCCCAAGGAACUGAACAACUUGACCCGCCAGCGAAACGGCUGGAAGGACAAAAACAGUCUUAGAUGGAAAGUGAUAAAGGUGGAUGACUCUCGUUCUGUGGCUGAGGCCCGCAGAAAAGCGCAGAAGAUCCUACAGGUCAACCUGUCUCCAGUGAUUCAGAUCCAACCUCUCAACGAUGUGCUGAGAGACUUCAGAUACCAGAAAAAAUGACAGUGUCUCCAAACCUACACACACCCUUUGGAAGAAGUUAGUGUUUUGUCUGUUGAAGUUCUGGGUACUGAAAGGCAUUUAGCUUUUCCCAGCAGGCUGGGAAUUUUCACAAUCUAGUUUACUACAGCCAACCAUCAUUCUGGUUUUGAGUUGACUGCCUGCUUGCUGAUGAAUUUUGGGAGGCACCAUUCACUGUGACUGUUAGGUCAAAAGAGAAUUUCCUGCCCUUCAACGAGGCACUGGGUGCUCACAGUUGUUUGAAGAGUAUGAUUCAUUUGAAGUAUGGCGCAAUUUUGUUAAAAAAUAUUUUUUACUUGUAGCGCUUGAAACUGUGCUGUCACUCCACGGCGCCCUAUUUUCCACUGGAAAGAAGAACAAAAUAAAACUAGUCACGGGACAGGAUGAUCCCACUUGACGCACAGAUGAACUGGUGGAUGAGCAGCAGGGCGGGUGUCCAGAGUCCUCAGACGAGCAGACGUGGUGGUUGGUUGGUCCCAGCAAAACAAAUUAACUAAAGGAGGGAAAAAGAGAAAAGUGUUUAGUUUGUCUUCCUUUUUUUGUAUUUUUGUGGUGUUUCCACUGGAAAUCAGGAAGGCUCUAGGAGCGAGUACUGCAGGGAAUCAAACCCGCAGCUCAUACAGAGAUAGAUUGAUACCUGGAUGAACUGUUUGAACUACAGUCCUUCACAAAGUGUUCCUUUGGUUUAGUUUAUCCACACACAUGGAGACAAAAGACUCAAAGUAGUUUUGACCAUUGGGAAGAUUUGAUGUCUUAAAAUAACACAACAUGAAUCAAUUAAACAAACUGUGGAAAGUAGCAAGUAUGGAAGAGGACUUGGGCCUUGUUUUUUGACUUCUCAGAUUAAUCUUUAAAUAGUAAUUUUGGGAAAUCAUUGAGAAUUCUGAGAUAAAAGAACUCUGACUUCAAUUUUCAGGUUUUCUUUUGUUUUCUCAUUAUUAAACUUGACUUCAGAAGGCUUUUUUUUUUUUUUUUUUUUUUACAAUUUAUUUAUUGUUUUUGUUUUUUUUGUUUGUUUUUUUACAGAAUCUUGGCUUUUUUUUGCUUAGAAUUGUUCCAUUCCUUGACGUGGCCCUGGUCCACCUCCAUAAGUUAAACAGGUUUUACACCAGAUACAAAAACGACCAUCAGCUGUUGGUCUAGUGCUGCUCAAGGUUUACUUUUGUCCAGUACAUUUCUGUACUUAAUUGGCAACUGUCAGUUGGAGUCUUGAUGGUAGGACAUUUGUUUCGCUGAUUUGAAGAUGUUUGUGGGCUGCAGGACUGUUUGUUUCCUGGCCAGUUACAUUUGAAACUCCAGCAUCAGAAAGUUAAAUCCCCCAUCAGAACUCACCUGUGCUCUGCUGAGUUGAUGGAGAGAACUGCCCAACAAACUCAACUUUAUAGUAUCUUGACUUCCUCCGCAGUGAUUUAACAGUUGUGGCUCACCUUAAAACUAAAAGAAAGGCACUUUGAGUGUGUCACAGUGCUUCAGUGUCAUUGUUUCCUAAAUGAGAAAGUCAUUGACAUUCUUAUUUCCUAUAUUAUGAAAAAAAAAGUGGAAUAAUCUCAAAAAUUUGGUUUAAGUUUCUUUAAACCCACGCUGGUUUUCUGCCACAGGUGCUAACUUUGCGACGUUGGUGCUGAAUGAAAUGGCACAAGAAUGUCAUCAUAUUUCUGUGUUUUGUAGUUCAGAUUGGAGCAUUUAGGAGCACUGACUUCCCGGGUUAUUCUCUGAGGGACUGAUAGCGCUGCUGCCCCCUGCAGGUUUGGAUGAGCAUGCCAAACCGCCUUGUGUGCUUUCCAAAGGGUUUCUAUUGUGAGGAGCCACCUGAGUCCAUUUUCAUGUUAUUGUCUGUGAGAAACUCCUGUGAAUUCCCCUAAAACUUCUGUUCGCGAUGUUUGGACAAAACCACAUUCCAAGAGACAAAUGUUUAUUUUUGACUUUGGAAACAGUACUUUAACACAAACUCUUAACUCGUAGUCCCCUUACUAGCCUUUUCUGGAGUAAAUAUGACUAAAAGCUCUGGAAAAAGCCAAUAAGCGACCUUUGUCAAACUACAUUUUUAUUCUUUUUCAGAAAUAUUGACUGUUUAAACCACCAGAUCUUAAAGUCCAGACAAAACAGAACUAAACCACCAUCAGGUCAGUAAAGGAUUUUUGUUUUUUAAAAAAAGAUAAAGACUUAAAAGAUUAAAUUGGAUUUUCAAACACCAGUUUCAUGUUUAAAUGCUGUGGACGCUGUUACGGGCAGCUUAGUAGAAAGAACUUAUCAGAUUUUAAGUGAAAAACUGAGCUUUCAGGUUUGAAGUCCUUGCAUUAAUCUCAAUUUAGCAGUCUGUUCCCCAAUUCAAACUGAGACCACAUCAGUGUUUAGUGGUCGGCUUUACAGAGUUCCACAGCUUUGUUCUGGUGAAUUUUGUGUUCUGGAAGAUCCCCCUCCCCCACUUCUAGAUCUUCUUUCUGUUAGUCUUGUUCUGUGUGCAACACUUGUAUAAUAUUGUAUUUCCUACAUGAUCUUUGAAAAAAACUUUUUGUUCAAUAAAAUGAAAUGAAAAGAA